UAAAGCGUCGCAUGCUGCAGAUCAGCUGAACGGCAGAGAUAAGCGGUGUCCUGCGCAGAGCUCGCCAUGAAAGCUGUGAGCCCCGUUCGCCCCCAUAGUAGGAAAGCCCCGGCGCCGGGUGUGUGCGGGGAGCUGGCUCUGCAUUGCCUCUCCGAGCACAGCCUCGGUGUAGCUGCUUACAAGAUGGAAGAAGAGGGGUCCCUGUGCCUGCAGUAUGACAUGAAUGACUGUUACAGCCGGCUGAAAAGGCUGGUGCCCACCAUUCCGCAGAACAAAAAAGUCAGCAAAGUGGAGAUCCUGCAGCAUGUCAUUGACUACAUCCUGGACCUGCAGCUGGCACUGGACACACACCCUGCUCUGCUCAGACAGCAAGCACCUGCCAGAACCCCGCUAACGGACCUCAAUAAUGACCCGGCUGCAUCAGUUGUGAACAAACAGGGAGACAGUAUACUGUGUCUCUAGAAUGUCUUUUAAGGUGUGCAGCAGGCAAAUCCAGAGCCAGGAGGAGCACAGAGAGAAAGAGAGAGACAAAUUAGAGAAUAAGGGAGGGGAAAGGAAA